UCUAACUUCUAGGAGUAUGCUAAGUCCUGAACAGAUAAAGCAAGCUUACCGAUUAGCAUACGAGUCCACCAUACUCCAAGCUGAACUCAAAGAUUUAGGUGGAGAAGCAAUGGAACGUCUUUUGGCUGACAGACCGUGCAAAACGGAGGCGGAGUUACACAAGUGCACGUGGCUAAGGAGGAGGCGCGAGAAGAAGAGAAGAGUUGACGAGAUGUGGACCUACCCGCCGGAUUGGGGAGGGUCAGGUGCUCAGUCCCCCGCCAGUUUGACCGAAUCAGAAGAUGAGGCACUCGUGCUGGAACAUUCUGAUGAUGAGGAAGAAUGUGAAAGUGAGGAAGAAUGUGAAAGUGAAGAAGAACAGGAAACCGAACCUACGUUUGAUGCAAGCAAAGAACAGCUAAACCACAGUAUCGUAGAUGAUACCGACCAUGGCCAUGGUCGGUAUCAUCUACAAUACUGUGGUGAGCCCCCUCACUCGGAGGAAGUUACCGAGCCCCUGUGCUCGGAGGAAGUUACCAAGCCCCUGCGUUCGGAGGAAGUUUCUGAGCCCCCUCAAUCAGAGGAAGUUUCUGAGCCCCCGCGCUCGGAGGUAGAUACCAAGCCCCUGCGCUCGGAGAUUGAACCCGUACUUGAUGCAAACGAAGAACAGCCAAACCACAGUAUCGUAGAUGAUACCAACCAUGGUAUCAUGCUUCUGCAGGAGACCCACCAAUAAACUGAGUUAUCGAGAGUCGAGACCCACAGAGACACGUAAAUCAAAAAUGAAGGUGGUUUGACAUUAUUAUCAGACACUGUCGAAUCUGGUCGCAAAGAUUGCCAUGGCCAGAUUCGACGCUCAAAUAGGGAGAAAACGAAUUUAUGGAGAAACUGAAUUUAUCGCUCUUAGGGAGAUACCAACUCCCACCCACGAAGGGAGAGACUGAGCUCGGAAUCUCCUAUGAACGAAGGGAGGAGGGACCGAGCUCCCAUGCACGAAAUCAGGAGGGACCGAGCUCCCAUGCACAAAGGGAGGAGGGACCAAGCUCCCACGCACGAAGGCAGGAUGGACCAAGCUCUCACGCACGAAGGCAGGAUGGACCGAGCUCCCAUGCACAAAAGGAGGAGGGACCAAGCUCCCACGCACUCAGCAAAGGCGGAGUUUUCAUGCUCUUAACAAAGGCGGAGUUUUCACACUCAACAAAGGCGCAGUUUUCACGCUCUCAACAAAGGCAGAGUUUUCACGCACUCAACAAAGGCGCAGUUUUCACGCUGUGGACAAAGGCGGAGUUUUCACGCUCUCAACAAAGGCAGAGUUUUCACGCUCUCAACAAAGGCGGAGUUUUCACGCUCUCAACAAAGGCAGAGUUUUCACGCUCUCAACAAAGGCGGAGUUUUCACGCUCUCAACAAAGGCGCAGUUUUCACGCUCUCAACAAAGGCGCAGUUUUCACGCACUCAGCAAAGGCGGAGUUUUCACGCUGUGGAAAAAGGCGGAGUUUUCACGCUCUCAACAAAGGCAGAGUUUUC